GCCCUGCAGGGUCAUUUCCGAACGCAUUCCCAAAUAUCCUGGUCCUCUAGCCCUUACCACCCCCUAGCACACGAAAUCCCGCCUGGCGGUGAAGCAGGUGUGUUGCUGGUGGCUCGUCGCUGGCUUGGAGAUAGAGGUGCUCCGUACCUGUACCCUUUCUGACACCACCUGAAACCGUACCGGGGCACAUCCCUCAUCCAAAUAUCCACUUUUAAGGUGUACGAAUUCGAGUUUGGCCUGAACGCCCCCUCCCCGUGCCGACCCUGGAGGCAUCUUCCGUGGGGUCUUUCUCUUCGAACCCAAAGGGGUAAGCUCCUGGGUGCGCCAGGUCCGCCUCUUCCCUGGCGCUGGCAGGGGGCGGGAGUGGAUAGGCUGGGACCCGUGUCUGAUUAGCUGGGAGGGGGAAGCCAUGGUCCCAACCGCUGUCUGCUGCGUUCCAGUCCGUCCAGGCUCUUCCAGGAGGAAGAGGCACGUUACAAGAGAGGAGGGGCAGGGGUCCCAGCACUGAAUACCCUGGCCGGGGUUUUGACAGCUGCCACAGUCUCUGAGCUCCUGCCUCGCGCCCGAAGCCGGUCCCUGCCAUGGGGCCCCCUUCCAACUCAGGCUUCUAUGUGAGCCGCGCGGUGGCUCUGCUGCUGGCGGGGCUGGUAGCCGCCCUCCUGCUGGCGCUGGCCGUACUCGCCGCCUUGUACGGCCACUGCGAGCGCGUCCCACCUUCGGGGCUGCCUGGACUCGGGGACUCGGAAGCCGAGUCCUCCCCUCCACUCAGGCAGAAGCCGACGCGGACCCCGAAACCCAGCAGUGCACGCGAGCUAGCGGUGACGACCACCCCGAGCGACUGGCGACCCCCGGGGCCCUGGGACCAGUUACGCCUGCCGCCCUGGCUCGUGCCGCUGCACUACGACCUGGAGCUGUGGCCGCAGCUGAGGCCCGACCACCUUCCGGCCGGGUCUUUGCUCUUCACUGGCCGCGUGAACAUCACGGUGCGCUGCACGGUGGCCACCUCUCGCCUGCUGCUGCAUAGCCUGUUACAGGACUGCGAGCGCGCCGAGGUGCGGGGCCCCCUGUCCCCGGGCACUGGGAACGCCACAGUGGGCCGCGUGCCCGUGGACGACGUGUGGUUCGCGGUGGACACGGAAUACAUGGUGCUGGAGCUCAGUGAGCCCCUGAAACCUGGUAGCAGCUACGAGCUGCAGCUCAGCUUCUCCGGCCUGGUGUAUGAAGACCUCAAGGAAGGACUCUUCCUCAACGUCUACACCGACCAGGGCGAGCGCAGGGCCCUGUUAGCAUCCCAGCUGGAACCAACAUUUGCCAGGUAUGUUUUCCCUUGUUUUGAUGAGCCAGCUCUGAAGGCAACUUUUAAUAUUACAAUUAUUCAUCAUCCAAGUUAUGUGGCCCUUUCCAACAUGCCAAAGCUAGGUCAGUCUGUAAAAGAAGAUGUGAAUGGAAGCAAAUGGACUGUUACUACCUUUUCCACUACUCCCCACAUGCCAACUUACUUAGUUGCAUUUGUUAUAUGCGACUAUGACCAUGUCAACAGAACAGAAAGGGGCAAGGAGAUACGUAUCUGGGCCCGGAAAGAUGCCAUUGCAAAUGGAAGUGUAGACUUUGCCUUGAACAUCACAGGUCCCACCUUCUCUUUUCUGGAGGAUUUGUUUAAUAUCAGUUACUCUCUUCCAAAAGCAGAUAUAAUUGCCUUGCCUAGUUUUGACAACCAUGCAAUGGAAAACUGGGGACUAAUGAUAUUUGAUGAAUCAGUAUUGUUGUUGGAACCAAAAGAUCAACUGACAGAAAAAAAGAUUCUGAUCUCCUACAUUGUCUCCCACGAGAUUGGACACCAGUGGUUUGGAAACUUGGUUACCAUGAAUUGGUGGAACAACAUCUGGCUCAAGGAGGGUUUUGCAUCUUAUUUUGAGUUUGAAGUAAUUAACUACUUUAAUCCUAAACUCCCAAGAAAUGAGAUCUUUUUUUCCAACAUUUUACAUAAUGUCCUCAGAAAAGAUCACGCCCUGGUGACUAGAGCUGUGGCCUUGAAGGUGGAACAUUUCAAAACAAGUGAAAUAGAGGAACUCUAUGACUUAUUUACUUACAGCAAGGGAGCGUCUAUGGCCCGGAUGCUUUCUGGUUUCUUGAAUGAGCAUUUAUUUGUCAGUGCACUCAAGUCAUAUUUGAAGACGUUUUCCUACUCAAAUGCUGAGCAAGAUGAUCUGUGGAGGCAUUUUCAAAUGGCCAUAGAUGACCAGAGUACAGUUAUUUUGCCAGCAACAAUAAAAAAAAUAAUGGACAGUUGGACACACCAGAGUGGUUUUCCAGUGAUCACUUUAAAUGUGUCUACUGGCAUCAUGAAACAGGAGCCAUUUUAUCUUGAAAAGGUUAAAAAUCAGACUCUUCUAACCAGCAAUGACACAUGGAUUGUCCCUAUUCUUUGGAUAAAAAAUGGAACUACGCAAUCUUUAGUUUGGCUAGAUCAAAGAAGCAAAGUAUUCCCUGAAAUGCAAGUUUCAGAUUCUGACCAUGACUGGGUGAUUUUGAAUUUGAAUAUGACUGGAUAUUAUAGAGUUAAUUAUGAUAAAUUAGGUUGGAAGAAACUAAAUCAACAACUUGAAAAGGAUCCUAAGGCUAUUCCUGUUAUUCACAGACUGCAGUUGAUUGAUGAUGCCUUUUCCUUGUCUAAAAACAAUUAUAUUGAGAUUGAAACAGCACUUGAGUUAACCAAGUACCUUGCUGAAGAAGAUGAAAUUAUAGUAUGGCAUACAGUCUUGGUAAACUUGGUAACCAGGGAUCUUGUUUCUGAUGUGAACAACUAUGAUAUAUACCCAUUAUUAAAGAAGUACCUAUUAAAGAGACUUAAUUUAAUAUGGAAUAUUUAUUCAACUAUAAUUCGUGAAAAUGUGUUGGCAUUACAAGAUGACUACUUAGCUCUAAUAUCACUGGGAAAACUUUUUGGAACUGCGUGUUGGUUGGGCCUUGAAGACUGCCUUCAGCUGUCAAAAGAACUCUUCACUAAAUGGGUGGACCAUCCAGAAAAUGAAAUACCUUAUCCAAUUAAAGAUGUGGUUUUAUGUUAUGGCAUUGCCUUGGGAAGUGAUAAAGAGUGGGACAUCUUGUUAAAUACUUACACUAAUACAACAAAGGAAGAAGAAAAGAUUCAACUUGCUUAUGCAAUGAGCUGCAGCAAAGAGCCAUGGAUACUUAACAGAUUUAUGGAGUAUGCCAUCAGCACAUCUCCAUUCACUUCUAAUGAAACAAAUGUAAUUGAGAUUGUGGCAGCAUCUGAAGUUGGCCGGUAUGUCGCAAAAGACUUCUUAGUCGACAACUGGCAAGCUGUGAGUAAAAGGUAUGGCACACAAUCGUUGAUCAAUCUAAUAUAUGCAAUAGGGAGAGCCAUAACUACAGAUUUACAGAUUGUGGAGCUGCAGCAGUUUUUCAGUAACAUGUUGGAGGAACACUCGAGGAUCAGCGUUCAUGCCAAAUUACAGACAAUAAAGAAUGAAAAUCUGAAAAACAAGAAGCAAAGUGCCAGGAUGGCUGCAUGGCUAAGGAGAAACACAUAGCUUGUGGCUAUCUUUCAGCACUCCUCUUGCCUAAUAUAAUGUAGUUUGCUCACAGUUUUGUCUUCUCAUACUUUAUGAGUCUGGAAAACCAUACAUUUUGUUUGUAUUUCAGUCACAUUUAUUACUCAGAGUGCCUUUCUUCUCAUAUUGUCAUGUUUGGCCCUGAGGUUGGGUGAUUGCUGACAAUUUUGCCAAUGCUGCUGUAUUUCUGGGAAAGAUGUCACUUUACGUUGGGCUGUAAUCCCACAGAAUUCACUUUAAAUGUUGUGUAAAAACAAAUUAAGCUAAGAAAGUCUUGCUUAUUUUGUUGUUAAGGCCAGUGGAAUAUAAAAUCAUUGGCAUUAAUGAAUAGCACAUUCUUUGCUGAGGGAAAUAACAGUUUAGCGAGGCCCGAGGGUUUAUUUAGUUCAACAUUGAAAAUUGAAAAGACUAAUGAGAAGAUAACAUGACAAUAUGAAAAGACAGAAACUCAAAAAGUAUAUUCACUAGAAGAUAGAAGAGCCAAAGAAAAGCAGUUGAAAAAGAAAGAGGAGACAAUUUAACGAGCCCUAAAGGCAAGAAAUGUGUCUUCUCCUGCCCAUUUCUCUCUUCCACAGUAUAUCCUGCAUUGAAUCACGCGUUGCUAGUUACUGAAUUUUAUGGUGUCACAAAAAGACAAAUGAUUGUAGGAUCCAUGGAAGUGCACUUAGGCUUGCUGUGGUGGAGGCCACAGUGGAGAUGAAGGCUUUGCUCUGAAGCUCUUGAUUGUGUAUUCACCAGUGGGAUGGACACCCUUUCGGCCUAAGCGUAUGAGUGAAAAUAAUGAUGUCAAAAGACAAUAGCAAGUAUGGGCUACUAUUUAGGGCAAAAGGAAUCCUGAAAUGAAGGAAACAGAACUACAGGCUAACUGGAGCAUAAUCUUACAGUUUUGCACUCAGGGGAUUAAGUUUGAAACAUGGUGUCUUUUGGCCAAAUUGAACCUACUUGUAAUGUGGACUAACUUACUUUACACAUUUUGGUCAGUCCCAGUGUAUGGAAUUAGCUUAGUUUUCUCAUGCUUGAUUAAAACAAGACAACUAAAGCCAAUCAUUCCUCUUAUAGACUUUGUGUAUAUGAUUUAAUCUUUUAUUUUAUUUUUAUUUUUGUAGAAUGGAGGUAAAACUACAGAUCUCCACCUCAGGGUGAUAUUUGUAAAGGUUACGGAGUAUGACAUCAAUUGACAGUCUUUAAAGAUGUUACAUAAGCUCAAAGCAAUGUGACCUAAGACGUUUUUCCUAUUUCUUGUAUAAGUUAAGGCAGCCAUAAAUGAAAAUACGAAACAAAAUUUUGCUUUUAUAUUUGCUUCACAAGAGGGUUCUCCCUGAGUGUCAGGGGGAGGCUGUGGGACUUCACCAUGUGGACAAACGAAAGCACAGGUCAGAGAAUUUCUUCAAAUUUAGAAAUGUAAAUUUUCAGCAAUAAAAUAUCUGCAUGCCU